AAAUCUAACUGUGAUGAUGAGCUACCAGAAGGACAGAAGGCCCAAGAGGAGCAAGAGCCUGAACUUACCUCAACCCCAAACUUUGUUGUGGAGGUUGUGAAGGAUGAUACCAAGAAGGCCCUUGUUUUGGACUGCCACUAUCCAGGGAAACAGGUUGGAAAGGAAGAGGAAGAGGAGAGUGCCAUUUUCUCCAUUCAGGAAGUGAGCUUUCAGUCUGCCAGUGAGUUCGACUGGAAGGAUACCAACUACACACUUAACACGGAUUCCCUGGACUGGGCCCUGUAUGACCACUUGAUGUACUUCCUGGCUGACCGCGGGGUGGACAAUACUUUUGCAGAUAAACUGAUCGAGGUCAGCAGGGCCUUAGAACACCAGGAAUACAUCAACUUUCUGGAAGAUCUGAAAGGCUUUGUCAAUUGUCAGUAG